UCCGCCGGCGGCCGCACCUGCUCCGGCCAUGAUGAGCUUCAGCGGCGCGGACGCGCUGCUGGGCGCCCCGUUCGGGCCGCUUCAUGGAGGCGGCAGCCUGCACUACGCGCUGUCCCGCAAGGGCGGCGCGGGCGGAAUGCGCUCCGCUGCCGGCUCGUCUAGCGGCUUCCACUCGUGGGCGCGGACAUCCGUGAGCUCCGUGUCCGCCUCACCCGCACGCUUCCGCGGCGCCGGAGCCUCAAGCACCGACUCUCUAGACACGCUGAGCAACGGACCGGAGGGCUGCGUGGUGGUGGCCCGCAGCGAGAAGGAGCAGCUGCAGGCGCUGAACGACCGCUUCGCCGGCUACAUCGACAAGGUGCGGCAGCUCGAAGCUCACAACCGCAGCCUGGAGGGCGAGGCGGCGGCGCUGCGGCAGCAGCAGGCAGGCCGCUCCGCCAUGGGCGAGCUGUACGAGCGCGAGGUGCGCGAGAUGCGCGGCGCCGUGUUGCGCCUGGGCGCGGCGCGCGGCCAGCUGCGCCUGGAGCAAGAGCACCUGCUGGAGGACAUCGCGCACGUGCGCCAGCGCCUAGACGACGAGGCCCGGCAGCGCGAAGAGGCUGAGGCGGCGGCGCGCGCACUCGCGCGCUUUGCGCAGGAGGCCGAGGCGGCGCGCGUCGAGCUGCAGAAGAAGGCGCAAGCGCUGCAGGAGGAGUGCGGCUACCUGCGGCGUCACCACCAGGAGGAGGUGGGCGAGCUGCUCGGCCAGAUCCAGGGCUCCAGCGCCGCGCAGGCGCAGGCGCAGGCCGAAGCGCGCGACGCCCUCAAGUGCGACGUGACGUCGGCACUGCGCGAGAUCCGCGCGCAGCUCGAAGGCCACGCGGUGCAGAGCACGCUGCAGUCCGAGGAGUGGUUCCGAGUGAGGCUGGACCGACUGUCCGAGGCAGCCAAGGUGAACACAGACGCCAUGCGCACAGCACAGGAGGAGAUAACUGAGUACCGGCGCCAGCUGCAGGCCAGGACCACAGAGCUAGAGGCACUCAAAGGCACCAAGGACUCGCUGGAGAGGCAGCGCUCUGAGUUGGAGGACCGUCAUCAGGCUGACAUCGCAUCCUACCAGGAAGCUAUCCAGCAGCUGGACGCCGAGCUGAGGAACACCAAGUGGGAGAUGGCAGCCCAGCUCCGAGAGUACCAGGACCUGCUUAAUGUCAAGAUGGCCCUGGAUAUUGAGAUUGCCGCUUACAGAAAACUCCUGGAGGGCGAGGAGUGUCGCAUUGGCUUUGGCCCGAGUCCUUUCGCCCUUCCAGAAGGACUCCCCAAAAUCCCCUCCAUGCCCACUCACAUAAAGGUCAAAAGUGAAGAGAAGAUCAAGGUAGUAGAAAAGUCAGAGAAGGAAACUGUGAUAUUGGAGGAACAGACAGAGGAGAUCCAAGUGACUGAAGAAGUGACUGAAGAAGAGGUGAAAGAGGCCAAAGAGGAAGAAGCGGGAGAAGAAGAAGCAAAGUCUCCCCCAGCAGAAGAGGCUGCAUCUCCAGAGAAGGAAGAGGCCAAGUCCCCAGAAAAGGCUAAGUCCCCCGUGAAAGAAGAAGCAAAAUCGCCAGCUGAGGCCAAGUCCCCCGAGAAGGAAGAAGCCAAGUCUCCAGCUGAAGUGAAGUCCCCAGAGAAGGCCAAGUCCCCAGUGAAGGCAGAAGCCAAGUCCCCUGAGAAGGCCAAGUCCCCAGUGAAGGAAGAAGCCAAGUCCCCUGAGAAGGUCAAGUCCCCAGUGAAGGAAGAAGCAAAAUCACCAACUGAGGUAAAAUCUCCUGAGAAGGCAAAGUCCCCAGCAGAAGUUAAGUCCCCUGAGAAGGCCAAGUCCCCAGUGAAGGAAGAGGCCAAGUCUCCAGAGAAGGCCAAGUCCCCCGAGAAGGCCAAGUCCCCAGUGAAGGAAGAGGCCAAGUCCCCUGAGAAGGCCAAGUCCCCCGAGAAGGCCAAGUCCCCAGUGAAGGAAGAGGCCAAGUCCCCGGAAAAGGCCAAGUCCCCAGUGAAAGAAGAGGCCAAGUCCCCUGAGAAGGUCAAGUCCCCAGUGAAGGAAGAGGCCAAGUCCCCCGAGAAGGCCAAGUCCCCAGUGAAGGAAGAGGCUAAGUCCCCUGAAAAGGCCAAGUCCCCGGUGAAGGAAGAGGCCAAGUCCCCCGAGAAGGCCAAGUCCCCUGAGAAGGCCAAGUCCCCAGUGAAGGAAGAGGCCAAGUCCCCUGAGAAGGCCAAGUCCCCCGAGAAGGCCAAGUCCCCAGUGAAGGAAGAGGCCAAAUCCCCUGAGAAGGCCAAGUCCCCAGUGAAGGAAGAGGCCAAGUCCCCAGAGAAGGCCAAGUCCCCAGUGAAAGAAGAGGCCAAGUCCCCUGAGAAGGCCAAGUCCCCUGAGAAGGCCAAGUCCCCCGAGAAGGCCAAGUCCCCAGUGAAGGAGGAGGCCAAGUCCCCUGAGAAGGCCAAGUCCCCUGAGAAGGCCAAGUCUCCCACGAAGGAAGAAGCAAAGUCCCCUGAGCAGACCAAAAGCCCUGUCAAAGAGGAGGUCAAGUCCCCAGAGAAGGUCAAAUCUCCUGUGAAGGAGGAGGCAAAGGCUCCAGAGAAGGAGGUCCCAAAGAAGGAAGAGGCAAAGUCCCCCAAGAAGGAGGAAGAGAAACCCCAGGAGGUGAAAGUCAAAGAGCCCCCAAAGAAGGUAGAGGAAGAGAAAGCUCCAGCCACACCAAAAACUGAGGAGAAGAAGGAUAGCAAGAAAGAUGAGGUGCCCAAGAAGGAGGCUCCAAAGCCUGAGGUCCAGGAGAAGAAGGAACCUGCUGUGGAGAAGCCCAAAGAAUCCAAAGCUGAAGCCAAGAAGGAAGAGGCUGGAGACAAAAAAGCAGUGACCCCAGAGAAGGAGGCUCCUGCCAAAGUGAAGGAAGAGGCCAAACCCAAAGAGAAGAGUGAUGUGGCCAAGAAGGAGCCGGAAAAGCCAAAGAAGGAAGAGACGCCAGCAGCACCUGAGAAAAAAGAUGCCAAGGAGAAGGCCACAGAGGCCAAGAAGCCUGAGGAGAAGCCCAAAACGGAGGCCCAAGCCAAGGAAGAGCCCAGCAAAGCCAAGACGGAAAAGGCUGAGAAAUCCUCCAGCACAGAGCAGAAAGAAAGCAAGCCUCCAGAGAAGGCCACAGAGGAGAAGGCUUCCAAGGGGGAGAAGUAAGGCAAGGAGAAAGAAACAUCCAGAGCAGCCAAAGAAACGUAGGAGGGUCUGGGAGCUCAAGGGUCGGUAUAACAAAUUUUCAUGUUUUCUCUCUUUCCUUUAUGUAAGAAGAAACUCUACUUAGAUGACGGGGCCCUCUUUCACCAAACAGGAAUUUUUGUUAGCAAUAUAUUAGCAAGAGGGCACCCCCAAUCCCCGACCCCACAUCCAAACCCUCCCCAGGCGGUGGACAAUUAUGUUAUGAUAGCUUAUGUAGCUGAAUGUGAUAUAUGCCGAAUGCCAUAUGUAAACACUUGACUGUAAAAACUGCCCCCCUCCUUUCCAAAUAAGUGCAUUUACUUCCUGUAUGCAACUGACAGGUGACUGCAAUAAUGAAUGAGCAGUUAGAAACACAUUAUGCUUGAGAUGUCUUAACCUAUUCCUGAAUGCCUUCUGUUUUCCAAAGGAGUGGUCGAGCCCUAGCCCAGAGCUCUCUAUCCUGGCAGAGCUGGAGCAGGUGGGGCUGGGCAUGGCCACUGAAUCAUGCCAGGGCGCACUUUUCCACUGGAGUCCACUUUCAAUUGCUUCUCUGCAAUAAAACCAAGUGCUUAUAAAAUGAAAAUGUUGCUGUGUUAUUUAUU